CCAAGUGAAGUCAUCUGGCCUCAUCUGCUCUUUUUAAGCCGACAUUUUUAAGAGGGAGGUCCCUACCAGGCAUAUACAAACACUCAGUCAAGCAUCUGCGCUCACCUGCACUCGCAGUCAGCAGCGAAGUGAACUAUUCCUUCAAACAGAACAGGAAGUUGAAGUGACCUGACAUCAAGAUGGCAACAAAGCAGGGAGUCGGCAUGGCUAACAAAGGACCAUCCUAUGGCAUGAGCCGGCAGGUUCAGGAUAAAAUCGACAGCAAGUACGACCCAGAUCUGGAGCUGAUCCUGGUGGAGUGGAUCACCCGCCAGUGUGGCUCUGGUGUGGGAAAGCCAGAAGCAGGAAAACAUGGCUUCCAGAGCUGGCUGAAAGAUGGAUGUGUUCUGAGCGAGCUGAUUAACAGUCUGUUUUCUGGAGAGAAGCCAGUGAAGAGGAUCCAGAGUUCACCCAUGGCCUUCAAACAGAUGGAGCAGAUCUCCCAGUUCCUUAACGCUGCAGAGAACUACGGCGUCACCAAGACUGACAUGUUCCAGACCGUGGACCUCUGGGAAGGUAAGGACUUGGCGGCAGUGCAAAGGACUCUGUCAGCUUUGGGUAGCUUGGCCAUCACCAAGGAUGAAGGCACAUACAAAGGAGACCCUAACUGGUUCUUUAAGAAAGCACAAGAGAAUAAGCGAGACUUCUCUGAUGAGCAGAUGAAGGCUGGCAAAAAUGUGAUUGGGCUACAGAUGGGGUCCAACAAGGGGGCCAGUCAGGAGGGCAUGAGCUAUGGAAGACCCCGACAGAUCCUGUAAAAGCACUGAGCCUCUACACCUCUUUACCCCUUGACCCAAUGCCAUUUACACCCUUUUAGAGCCUGUAAACGUCUGACCAGUCCACAACAGAAUCAUUUCCUGCUUUGGAAUCUUGUUCCCUCCAAACAUUUCCCCAGCUCUCCCCUUACGUAGACGCUUGCACUGAUGACCUGCAGAGCUCACUGUGCUUUGUCCUCCCCGUCAGGACCAGUACAACCCAAUGUUUGUAGUCUUAAUGAUCAAAGCAGAAAUACUUAACGGUAAAAAAAUAAAAUGACCGACACUCCUACUUCGGGGAGCCCUCACAGACAGCUGACCCCUGGUUUAUCGCUGAUGCAUUGUAAUGAUAGUGUGCGUUUACCUGUUUAUCUGAAACAAUGACUGACGCAGUCGUCAGUUUCUGUACGUAACUUUCAGAAGCUCUGGUGCUGACACUUUGGUAAAACCAGAGCUCUUUAAAUUUUCUGUAUUGAUCGAUACCACUUCCCAUAAUGCUACGCAUGCUGUAUCAGCGCCAAUAUUUUUGUACAUUGUCUUAUUAAAUAAUGACUUAUAAAUA